UUGAAAUAACAUUUAGAUAAGCUCUUCUUUUGCUUCUAUGAAUAAUGAGAAGAGCCAGGCAUUUCUUGAUCAAAUGAAAGGUGCAGUUCUUGAAGUGCUUCUUGUUAGUGCCGAAGGCAUCGACCGCACCCAUAUUCUUGGACACCCCGGUUACCAUGUUAUUGUUGAAUGUGGUAGUCAAGUAUUCACAAGCAAGAGAUCAUCAGGAAAUCUGGGCAAAUUCUACUGGAAUGAAAAGCUUGUGUUCGAGCUGCCAGAAUCCGAGCUGGAGACUCUGAGCCAUCUGAAACUCAGGAUUGUGAAAGAGGAGCGUUUCAGUGAUGACGACUUUGUUGGUGAAACCAUAAUCUUCAUCAAAGGAAUUAUUGUGGAGGGGAACUACAGAGGGCUGGCGGAAAUCCUCCCUGCCCCAUUUAAUGUGGUGCUUGAAGACGACACUUACAAAGGCGAGAUGACCGUUGGAAUGAAGUUCAUACCGAAUGUCGCUGUGAACGUGGAAGGGAAGCAAAACGUGAAGAAGGGAAACGAUGUAGGAUCGAUAUGCUCUGUGAUCACAAGCAUUUGGAAACUCAAGUGGUGGAGGCUUUUCUCUUCUUAUAAGAGUAGGUAUCUCAUGAACAAGAACAAAGAGAAUUAGGAAAUACUCAGAUUAGCUAUUGAUAUUGUUGAUGAAACAUCACUUGUAACUCAGGAUUCUUAACCGUGAUAUUGGGGAUUUAAAGCUGUAUCCCAGGAAAGAAAUAUAAAUACAAAAUCUAAUUUUUUGUUUUGAAA